CUCUGGUCAAGUGGGCGGCACGGGAGCAGCAAGAUGGCGCUACACUCCUGGUCUCCGGAGCUGGGGUUCAGCGAAAAGCUGAAGCAGGUCGCCGUCUCCACCGGCCCCUCCCUGGAUUUUAGCACCUUCCCCUCCACCCUGGGCUCCGUAGUCGCGACCGCAGCGCUGGAGCAGCUCUUUAUUGUGGAACAAUCACUGCAAAGUGACUAUUUUAAAUGCAACGAAGAAGCUACCAUCUUUCUUAAGGACAUUGCUAUAGCUGUCAGGAGAUUGGAAGAAAUGAGAAGAGCUACAAUUGAACUUCUGGAAAUUGAAAGCAUGGAACUCAGUAGACUAUAUUUUCUAUUGGAAACUCUUCCUGAUCACAUUAACACAGAACUCGAAGAAUUUGUCAUCGCUGCUCGCGAAUUAAACCUUCUUGAGAUAAAACAAUUACAGAUGGAAGUUGCAAGGUUAAAUAAGGAAAUAGAGUUUCUGAAGAGGAAAAUGGUUGAUUUGAAAGAUACUAAUAAUGAUCUGGGUGAACAGCAAAAGGAGCUGGCGAAGAAGCAUGAAAAGCUUGUUGUGUUACUCAACCACGCGAUGGGAAAAAAAGCCGUCGCCACUAUUUACAUCAAUGAGACUUAUACAAAAAUAAACUUGGAGAGAGAAGAAAUAAGACUGAAAAGGAAAAGUAUUCAAGGUAAAGAGGCGAUAAUAGUCAGAGACAAAGGAGAAUAUUUGAAGGCAAAAAAAAGGUUGAGUGGCCAGAUGAAUGAAUAUGAAAAUAUCUGUGAAUCUAAGAAACAGGAUGCUUAUCAUAGGAAGAAACAAUUGGAUAGAUUAAGGAUUAAAGAGAUGGACAUAAAAGAAAAAGUUACUACCAGCACAGUGGAACUUAGUGAUCACAAUUUAGAGAUAGCAGAACUAAAUCAAUCAAUAAGACAUUGGGAAGAACAGAUAGAAGAAAUAAAGAAAAUCUGUAAUAGCCUGGAGGAAGAAAUAUUUUUUUUAAAGAACAGCAAGAAAAAACUGGGAGAGAAAACUAUUACUGACAAAAAUGAUUUUUUUCAGAAGAUAAAGGAGACGAAUGAAAAAAUAUACAAAGCUCAGUUAGAAAGCAAAGAUCUACAAGAGAAACUGCAGACUCUUACCAGACAAUAUAAGAUUGUCUUACAGGAGGAAGAUAAAGUUUUUAUGAAAAAAAAGAAAAUACAAGAAGAAAAUAAAAAACAACUGAAAUUUAUUGCUGAGAAAGAAAACUUCCUGUCACAAAGAAAAGUAGACAUCAAAAAUAUGGAAGAAGGACUUGUCACGCUUUCUGAACUUUAUCGAGCAACACAGGAAGUCUAUCAGAAGCACAUACAAAUCCUGAGUGAAAACCUGGAAAGAGAAAUUCAGAGAUGUGUUCUGACUCAGUGGAAAAUAGCUUGUUUGAUGAAAAGACAUGGACGUUGGCUACUCAAGAUGAAAGAAGAAUUAGACGCUAUUAUGGAUCAAAUCAAGACCGCAGAAGAUAGACGCAGUGAGUUAAUAGAAGAGACCACUGUUACAGAAAAAGAGAUCACUGAAAAUUUGGUACAGAUUAAAAAAGUUGCAUUAGAUUUAAAACAAACAGAGACGGAAUUUGUCGUCAAUGAAAAAAAGUUAAUUCAAGAAUUGAACAAGUAUGAGCAAAAAUUUGUUAAGAAAAUGGAAAGUACCAAAGAAAAGGAAGAUGAACUAGUCACAUAUCUUCCCACACUUCAUGAGACAGAAGAAGAAUAUAAGAGCAAAAACAAAAUGUUUCAAGAGCUGGGUCGUAUUCUCACAGAACAAAAAAAGGAACAGAAUUUACUGAAUGAUCAGAUUUCUCAAAUGACAAGAGAGUUUACAAGACAAAUGAACAUUUUGAGUAAACUGAAGCGAGAAUUACAACAAUUGCGAGAUCAAGAAAGCGAUAGACUCAAAAGUCAUUUUGAAAUUCUAAAGAACUUAGAAAAUGAAAUCUAUGUACAUGACCUAGAAACAGAAGCCUUGCUCCUGGAAAAUGAAAGGUUGAAAAAAGUAAGUUCAAGAGCACUUCAGUGUGCACAGUGGUUCUGCUUAAGUAAACUGAAGCGAGAAUUACAACAAUUGCGAGAUCAAGAAAGCGAUAGACUCAAAAGUCAUUUUGAAAUUCUAAAGAACUUAGAAAAUGAAAUCUAUGUACAUGACCUAGAAACAGAAGCCUUGCUCCUGGAAAAUGAAAGUAACCUGUGCAUUUUGAAAAUCUUUAUUUUAGCACAAUAUUUGAAUUUGUGGGCAGAAUUGCAGAUCACUUUAAAGGAAUUUGUAGGUGAUUGUGAAGAUACUUUGCAAGAAAUAAAAAGUCUAAUAGACAGGCUGUGUGAAAGAGACGAAAAAAUUGAGAAAAUCAGUAUUUGGUUACAAGGGAAUCUUCAAGAGUUGCGGUUCCUAGCCACUGUGGAAAUUCCUGAAAAGACGACCAAACAGACACGUACCAAAAAAGUCCGUUUUCCAUUGGCUGCACGUAUUGUGAAAAAAAUAGUAACGAAGAAAAAAUAACAAAAUAAUUCCAAGGAUACAACUGCUGUGAAUUCAAAAGGCAUAAACAAAACUACAGAGAAAGUGAGUGCACCUUCUUUCACAAUUUGCAACUGUCAAUGAAAGUCUUAAAGUUUGAGAUUUAACAAACUUGGGUAACCCCCACCAAUAGCAGAAUCAGUAAAUAAAAAUCUUAUUUCCAUGAUUACAACCAUAAGUCUAUUCAGAGUAUAAAAAUCGACAAGCAGCAUACCAUCAACAACUACAGUAAAACUGUUCCUAUGCUGUAGAGAUUCUGCAUUUUGUUAAAUCUAAGAAGCCAUCAAUUGUGUGGUGCAGCCUAAUUCAGAGAUGUCCCAAUGUGGAGAGAAAUGUGUCCCAGGAUCAAAAAAAUGUGGCAUGUGUAUGCAUCCUUAAAAAAUAAUAUAUAAGCCCCAGCUGGCUGGCGCAGUUGGUUGGAGCAUCAUCCCAUACACCAAAAGGAUGCAGAUUCGAUCGGUCAGGGCACGUUCCUAAGUUGCCAGUUCAAUCUCUGCACAGCCGAUUGAUGUUUCUCUCUCUUCCCUCCUCUGUCUAAAAUCAAAUUUUUUAAAUAAGAUGUAAGAGGAAGGAAAUAUGUGAGCACAUGUAUUUAUUCACGUGGGAAAAAGACAUUAAUCUCACUACCUAAUAUUUUUAAUUUCCACAAUUAGUGUGGCAAAUACAAAUGUCAGAACAUUUGAGACUUUUUGUCAGGUUUUUCAUUACUGUUUUUCUUUACAGAAACAGGAAUAACAUGAAGAUAUUUUCAACCAAACUACCUAUAAACAGAAAACCUGUUAUACAAAUUAUGCUCUAUUUUUGAUGAAAAUACUAUAUUGGUGAAAAUAAACAGAAAACAAAAAA